AUUAUUACCUAAAUCCAAAGUCUCACAAGUCACAGCGUUCUGUCUGCCACUCGAGCCGAGCAAGCGAGGUCAUUCCGUGGGUACUAAGUGCGGGCGACCCGAUCCGAUAAUAAAUGCUUCUCCUAUUUUAUGUUGCUGUGUAGUUGGAGUUACAUAAAUAGCACCAGUCAUAGAAAGCGUAGAAGAGACAGAUAUAUGCAAUAAAGCCGUGUUCGAAAGAGAUAGACAAUUCCAGCGUCAACUACCGCUUGGUAUUUGCCAGCCAAUACUGGCACUUCUCCGCACAGGCACUGGGCUUCUCUGACUGGCACUGCGGCUGUGCUUGUGAGUGAGCGGAAUAGAAUUUCGUUCCGUCGCGUCCAUAGCCUGCUUGUGUGACUGUGUGGUUUCGUUUCGAUCGAAUCGCACGGCAGGCGAAUAGAUUUCGUAGCGGCCGUUUACUUGCUUACCUUGACUCAUUAUUACUAUGAUUACAAGUGUAAUUUUCAUUUGAUUACAAUCGUAAUAAGUAUUCUAAAAUUCGACACUUGAUUGGAUUAUUAAGUGAUACAUAAUAGCGUGAGCGCGACGCUCGCUAUUCUCGACGCUUAUAUUUUGACAUGAGUCGAGCAGUUUAUUUUAUUUAGCCGGCCAUUUUGAUUUUCGUAUUAUAAGAAACAGUGACAGAAGUACGCGGAAAAUAGUAUAUUUUGCAUUUUCCGAAGAUAGUGUUUAUUGUGUUCUAAUUGUGUGAAUAGUGUUUUACGGAUAUAGAAAUUUGUUGUUUGUGUGGAUUGUCCUACAUUGGACUGUACAUUUUGCAGUGAACAAAAACAUUUUGAGUGCAACAAUUUGAAAUUUGUGUAAUGAGAUAUUAAAUGCUUUGGACCUCAAUUCUCCCACAAACAAUCCAAUUGUUUGGAUAAUGAACGUAUACCUAUCAUGGCAACUAAGUUAGAACCUGAUUAUCCUACAUCGCCAACAAACGAUGAAUCAGAUGGAGAUGAUGACCCACAAGAUGAUUCAGUAGAAGACGAACAGGAGAAAGAAGAUAUAAAGCCUCCAAUUGAUAAUGUUGCGAAUAUAUUAAAACGCCUGCAAUCUUCAGGAGCUCUUAUCAAGAAACCGAAACAAGAGUACACGUGUCACACCUGUGAAGAAGAUUUCCCUGAUUGGGAAGAUCUAGAAAAUCAUCUUAUACAACACGUGUCGCUGCCCUCAGUGGUGAUUGACAAGCUGCCGUCGGACGACGAAGAUAUCACUCCAUCCGGAGAUGAAAAUUGGUCUGAUGAAGAAGAGCCGUCUUCGCCGCCCAAAGUUGGUCCGAAAACGACGCCACAAAAAAUAGAUAUCUCACAAAUACUCAAAAAUAAAGGCAUUUCACUAAAGAAACCACCUGAAACUGAAGUAAAAAGUUCUGAUUCUGCCUUAACUAAAUUAAGUGGUUUAGGUUUCACGAUAAAGAAGAAUAACACGCCGAUAAAGAAAGAACCAGAAGAUCAGAAUAGUAAUGAUGUUAUGCAAAAGCUAGGGAAACUUGGCGGAAUUAAACUUAAACUUAAAUCUGACGGCAGCAAUACUAAUUCUUUUAAAGUAGUCAAUGGUUUAAAGGAUUUUAAAGCAUCUGAUGAAGAAGACGAAGGCAGUGGUAAUGAAGGUAACCAAGAAGAUGAUCAAGAAGGUGAGUUUGACGACGACCAAGAUAAGUUGGGAGAUCAGGAUGCUUCUGGUCCUGAACAAGACUCAGCUGAUGAAGAUAAUGACAGUCCUGGAAAAACGGCGUUGAAAAAUAAGGUAGCUACAACACUUAAAAAUCUUCAAGGCAAACCAAUAGGACAAAAAGCAGAACCUGUUAGAAAUUCUAUACAAGGCGCUGGUUCAAACACACCUGAAGUUGCACCGAUACAAGUAAAACAACCAGGAAGACCUGCAAUAAAACAGACACCUAAAAGAGGUGCUAAUCUUCCACUUACAUCUAGAGAAGUCUCCCAACCUCAGAAAGAGACGUCAACAUCAUCAUCAUCAGUUGGAUCUACACCAGAACGACGUCAAUCUCAUGACGUAAAUAUGGACAAUGUUGUUGUUAAACAGGAGGUUGGCAGUGCGGAAACGCAGAAUUCGAGUAUGCCUUUAUUCUCAACUCAAAUAAAAUCAGAAAGAACCACUCCACCACUAAAUGAUAAUAAUACGUCAACACCAAUAAUAGCCAAAAUUAAAAGUGAACCAGAUUCUGGAGUUGUUUCUAGUAGUCAACCGCUUCUUAACAAUGGAAACUCUACUUUAUCUACACCUGCAAUACCUCUCUUACCGGUCACUAAGAAAGAAAAUGACAAUGAAAUGACUAUUAUAGAAAUAAAUGGUGAUUCAAAUGACGAAGAUGAUGAUUGUUGUGUGGUAUCUGCGACACCAGCACCUGACGUUAAGCCUAUCGUUCCUAAAACUGAAAAUCCUGCACAGUCUUAUCCACCGCCCGCUUAUCCUAGUUCUACACAAUCUGGCUAUACCCCUGUUCUAUCAGGACGAUUAACCUCCAGUAAUCCUUCAACUGAAAAACAGCAUAACUUUAAUUGGAAUGCACCAGAUUCAAAACCACCUCUUGACAUGUUAGAAAAAAGUACUGAUGAUAUAUUUGAAAGCCUGCUAUCAACCGCAACAAAGAAAGAAAACCUCUCUUUAUCAGAUGCAAGUGAGUACAUAUCUAUAGAUACAUUAGGCCCACAACAUACUUGUGAAAUUUGCAAUACUAGGUUUACUGAUAUAUCUCUGUUAGAUGAACACAGACGCAUGACAGGGCACUCUAAGAGUAUUGUUGCGCCAUCUUCAUCAUCACUUAUGCCCUAUACUCCCAACUCAAACAUUCUUCAAAGUUUACUUCCAGUUAAGCAAUUAGCAGAACAAGUUGGAAAAUUGUCUGGAAUGGGAGGCGGACCAGGUUUCACACAUCAACAAAAUGUAAUGAUUAAUAUUCAGGCAUAUCCAGGUGCUGGUGGCAUGGUGCCUCCGCAACCUUAUAAUGCUUACCCACAAGCUGGACAAAAUAUGCAUUCUGGUUUUCCACCAACAUCAAAUAAUAUGUAUAGUGCUCCAGGACAAACAAUGCCUGGUCAGUAUCCUAGUCAUUACAUGGGACAGCAAAGUUAUAAUCAAUUUCAGCAGCCGCCAAUGUCAAAGUCAGGUAUUUAUCCUGGAACGCAGAAUUCGUUUUCACCAGGAUCGUCGCAAUAUCCUAACGCUUCUCCCCUCCAAAGUAUGCAACAGGCUUAUGGGCCAAAUUCAGCUGGUAUGAUGAAUACACAGCAGGCUAUGGGUCAAAUGGGACCACCUGGAUCUACGCCUAAUCAAUAUGUACCUUCUUCAAGUCCCAGUGGCACAAUGAAACCACCAAGUAGUGGCGUUAGGAUACAGAAUGUGCAAACUUUUGCUCCUGGUCAAUUAGUAGGAACGCCUGGUGGUCCAGGGCAGGAAUUAGGACUACAAGCGAAUGCACCUGGCCAAGUAGUCGGAGGUCAGAUGCCGUCACCUAGUCAAAUAAGAAUGGCACCUGGAGCUACAGUGGCAGGAUCUAGACCUAGAAUGCCUAACGUAAGAGGCGCGCGGCCAUCAAUAAGACCAGGAAUACAAGUUCACGGACAAGUUCGUGGUGGAAAACCUGGAGGAACACGCAUGCCAAUAAAACGCCCUGGAGGAAUGAUGGCCGGCCCCGGUCAGAAGCGACGACCUGAUAUGUUGUUGCCUGGCAAACACGACAAUGAAGAUUGUCAAGUAAUGGCGAUGCAGAAGCAACGCGAGGGUCUUCCCAUGAUUCACAGUGUGCAGGGUGCUAAAGACAAAUUGAAUCUUGGUAGUCAAAUAUCUAUAACCAAGAAGACUGUGAAUAAAGAGGCGAGCGCUAUGGCCAACGUGUUAGCAUCUCGAGGUAUAAGUGUGAAAGCGAAACAGAAGAGUCGCUCCCCAAGUCCUGAGAGACCAUUACCGCAUAUACCGAAUCUUGGAGCAGGCGUUAGUAUUAAACACACGUCAAAAUCAAGUAGUUUCUCAAUACCAGAAGCAAAGGUUGGUGGGGGUAUGUUAUCGUGUAGAAUUUGCAAAAAGAUGUUCAUGAAUCAGAACUCAUUACAGGUUCAUAUGUCGAACGCUCAUCCACAAAGUAAAAUACCUAUGUUCAAAUGCGACGAAUGCCCAGCGUCGUACCCGAAAUCAUUACAACUACAGCACCAUAAAAGGGUGUUCCACAAUGUGUCUGGUCCCAAUAGAGAAUUAGGAUUGCCAGUUGUAGAUCUUUCGCAAGAAGAAAAUUUAAAACGGCUAAGUAGUUUAGGUAUUUAUAGUUUUAUUCCGUUGGCGAAUAGAGAACAAGCGAGUGGAUGCUUUGGUAUUCCGGUCGUAUCCGUUCACAAUGGUAUAAGCAAUAAUUUGCAAGCGCUCGGCGCAGAUGGACUGCUAAGUCUGGGCCCUUUAAAGCCAUUACCAAAUUCAUAAAUUAAGAAUUUUGUGAUAUAAAAAUCGUGGACAAUUUCAGUGUUAUUGAUUUACUUUUCAAAAUAGUGGAAUUAAUAUUUUCAUUUAAUCAAUGCUGAAGAAUAAAGGGCACAAAAAUUUCAGUAGUAAGUAACGCAAUGUUUACAUCUCAAAUAAUUAAUUUUUUCUACAUAUUUUUAUAUAGUCACAACUUUGACAUCUAUCAUGGAGCGACCCGACUUCAUUAUAAGCUACAUCUUGUUAAGUGUAACAUUUAAAAUGUAAUUAUGACAUUUAGAGAUAAUAGAUUUUAAAGAAAAUCUACUAUAAUUACAAAAAAUACUUUGUAACAAUAUUUUACAUUAUGUUCCUUAAUGUUUUCAGUAUGACUGUUAAAUAUUAGUAUAAAGAGUACCGUAUCGUACUUAGGUUAUAAGAAUAUAUAAAAUCUAUUUGUUUUGUACAAGUAAAAAGAUGUCCGAUUGAUUAUAAGUAAGGUUGCGCCUGCACUGCAAACUAUGACAAUGGGACUGAAGUUUAAUUUACCACAUGUGGCAUGAAUAUAAUGAUAUUUAACAGUAUGAAUAUGCGAAUACUGGUCACAAAUUAUGUUUUUCCUAUAAUUAAUUUGCAAUGCCAGCUAACAAAUUUUGUUCACUUUGUACUUUUGUUUAAGAAUGAGGAGCGAGAACUAUCAAAACCAAGUACUUACUUUGUUUAAUACUAGUGUGCCCCCUACUUCGCGCGUCCAUUUGUAGAUCAUCUAUUGAUUGUGAUCAACCGACAACAAUAAAUAAUCCUAGACAACUCUAUAUAUUAUUUGAACAAUUAAAUAAUUACUAAAAUUUCAGUAUUGGAAAUUUUUACAAAAUUAUUACUUUAGCGAAUCUGUUGACAUGUAUCUUGCAACAUAUAUUAAUUUUACAGAACAUGUUGCAACAUGUUCUGUAAAAAUUUCAUUAUAAUUCUUCCAGUCAUUUUUACGUCAAUCGUCAACACACGCAUACAGUGUAUGCCUUGUUACUAUUUUAUUGUAUACUAGCUGCUACCGCGACUUCGUCCACGUGGAAUUCUUAAUUUUCUAAAAUAAAAGUAGCCUAAGUUACACCUUGUUACAUCAGCAAUCUGCCAAAAAAAGUCCCGUCUAAAUCUGUUCAGCCAUUUCUUAGAUUAGCCGGAACAAACAGACAU